AUGGCUAGAGCAGCUUGCAAUCACCUUCACAUGGUUCCCAAUUUAGUUCAUCCAUUGAAGUCAACCCUCUUCACAAGCCACACUCUUUCCACCACCCGCACUCGCUUCUAUGACAUUCACCGAAGGCUCUUUUCUUCUUCAUCCAAGAUAAGCAUGAGCCUCAGGGCUGGUAUCGUUGGCCUCCCCAACGUUGGCAAGUCCACACUCUUCAAUGCCGUUGUGGAAAAUGGAAAGGCUCAAGCUGCUAAUUUUCCAUUUUGCACAAUAGAGCCAAAUGUAGGGAUUGUUGCUGUUCCAGAUUCUCGUCUCCAUGUUCUCUCUGAUCUCAGCAAAUCUCAGCGGUCUGUUCCAGCAUCAAUAGAAUUUGUAGAUAUUGCUGGGCUUGUCAAGGGUGCAAGUCAAGGCGAGGGGUUGGGUAACAAGUUUUUGUCGCAUAUUCGUGAGGUGGAUUCUAUACUUCAGGUUGUACGAUGUUUUGAAGACAACGACAUUGUUCAUGUAAAUGGGAAAGUUGACCCCAAGUCUGAUAUAGAUGUUAUCAACUUGGAGCUUGUUUUCUCAGAUUUGGACCAGAUUGAGAAAAGAAUUGAUAAGCUAAAGAAAGGCAAGGCAAAGGAUUCACAAUCUAAAGUCAAGGAAGAGGCAGAAAAGACUGCAUUGGAAAAGAUUCAAGAGGCGCUUAUGGAUGGAAAGCCUGCACGAUCUGUGACCUUGACAGAUUUCGAAAGGGAUGCUGUAAAGCAUCUCUGCUUGCUCACCAUGAAACCUAUUAUAUAUGUGGCAAAUGUUGCAGAAACCGAUCUUGCAGAUCCUGCAAACAAUAAUUAUGUUAAAGAUGUUACAAAUGUUGCAUCUCAGUUGCAGUCCAGAAUUGUAACAAUUUCAGCACAGGUUGAGGCAGAGCUUACUGAGUUACCACUUGAAGAACGACAAGAAUAUUUGCAGUCUCUUGGUGUUAGUGAAAGUGGUCUUGGAAACCUAAUCAGGGCAACUUAUGACCUUUUGGGUCUGAGAACUUACUUUACUUCUGGUGAGAAGGAGACAAAAGCAUGGACAAUACUUGCAGGAAUGACUGCACCUCAAGCUGCUGGGGUUAUUCACUCUGACUUUGAGAAGGGUUUCAUUCGAGCAGAGACAGUGUCUUAUAAUGAUUUUGUUGCUGCUGGUUCACUUGCUGCAUCACGAGAGAAAGGACUUUUGAGAUCUGAAGGUAAAGACUACGUUGUACAAGAAGGAGAUGUCAUGUUGUUUCGGUUCAAUGUUUAG